ACGUGCCCCCGACCCACGUGGUGGGGCGAAAGCGUGAUUCCCUCGGCCGCUCCUCCCCCUCCCCCGGUCAGUGAGUGGGAGAGUUUCCAGCAGACGGGAGCUCCUUAGCCAUGAUACGCCAUGAAGGCAGGAAGGGAGCCGCUACUAGGAAGUCCUCCCUGGACGGACAGUGCUGGGAGGAGGCGGAAGUUAGAAGCAGAUACCCGGCCGCCAAGUCCCCGCACCGCGGGGAGACGUCCAGGAGCACCACCGAGUCCGAAGUGUUUGAUGACGGCACCAACACUUUCUUCUGGAGAGCGCACACGCUGACCGUCCUCUUCAUCCUGACUUGCUCCUUGGUCUACGUCACGUUACUUGAAGAGACGCCACACGACACGGCCUACAAUGCUAAAAGAGGAAUUGUUGCCAGUAUAUUAGUUUUCCUAUGUUUUGGAGUGACCCAAGCGAAAGAUGGACCGUUUUCAAGACCCCAUCCAGCUUAUUGGCGGUUCUGGCUGUGUGUCAGUGUGGUGUAUGAGCUCUUCCUCAUCUUCAUACUCUUCCAGACUGUGCACGACGGAAGACAAUUCAUGAAGUUUAUUGACCCCAAAUUGGGAGUUCCUCUGCCAGAGAGAGAUUAUGGCGGAAACUGCCUUAUAUACGAUCCGAACAAUAAAACUGAUCCCUACCACAACCUCUGGGACAAGAUGGAUGGCUUUGUGCCCGCACACUUCCUUGGUUGGUAUAUCAAAACACUAGUGAUACGAGACUGGUGGAUGUGUAUGAUGAUCAGCGUUAUGUUCGAGUUCCUGGAGUACAGCCUGGAGCAUCAGCUGCCCAAUUUCAGUGAAUGCUGGUGGGAUCACUGGAUUAUGGAUGUACUCGUGUGUAACGGAUUGGGAAUCUAUUGUGGGAUGAAGACCUUAAAGUGGCUCUCUAUGAAACCGUACAAAUGGCAGGGCCUGUGGAACAUUCCUACAUACAGGGGUAAAAUGAAGCGGAUAGCCUUCCAGUUUACACCUUACAGCUGGGUGAAGUUUGAAUGGAAGCCGGCAUCAAGUCUCCAAAGAUGGUUGGCAGUGUGUGGCAUUAUUUGUGUAUUUUUACUGGCAGAACUCAACACAUUUUACCUCAAAUUCGUCCUGUGGAUGCCUCCAGAACAUUACCUGGUGUUGCUGCGCUUGGUGUUUUUCGUGAACGUAGGCGGGGUUGCCAUGAGAGAGAUCUACGACUUCAUGGACGACUUGAAGUUCCACAAGAAGCUGGGCCAGCAGGCGUGGAUGGUGGCUGCCAUCACCGUGACAGAGUUCCUCAUCGUUGUAAAAUAUGAUCCUUAUACUAUAACACUACCGCUCCCGUUCUACGUCGCGCAGUGCUGGAUUCUGGGGAUUGUUCUUGUCCUAGUGUGGACCGUAUGGCGAUUCUUUAUCAGGGACAUCACAUUGCGCUGUAAAGAAAUCCGCCGUCAGAAACAAGAAUACAAACCUGAAGAAGACACGUUGCAAGUCAACGGGGGAGCAAAUUCUGAAAGGAACUUUUCCAAACAGAAAAACCUCUGAGCUUUUCCAGAACCGUUCACGUUCUCUCCACCCAACCCACCGCUACUGAACAUGAAUUGUACUUUUUAUAUUUUAACGUAUUGGAUACUUCUGCUAUUUAAUAAUGAGACCCAUAAACCUCAUGUUUCGCUCACUUUUUUUUAUUUUUUAUUUUUUCCCUCUCACUUUUGGAAUGGGAACUGGAAUUUUGUGAAGGUCAAACCUGCUGAUUUUGCACCAGGGGAAAAAAAAAAAUAAUCAAAUACAAAUAACCCGAGUCUUAUCAUUUGCAGAAACUUUUCAAUGUAGCAAAUAAUUUUGAAGCGUAACUUGUGGGGUUCUGUAUUUUUGUUCCCUUUUUUUUUAUUUUUUAUAAUGGUGGCAUAGUUUUGAGAUUUUGUGGAUUUCAGUUACUAACCCGUUAAUGUUUUUAAUAAUGGCCAUGA